AACAAAUAUGUUUUCACUGAACCACAAGGUGAAAUACCAGGUUUAGAAAUAAAUUGAAAGGCAUCAUUAUGGGCAACUUUUAUUUUGCUACGCAUCACUGUGAUUAUUUAUUUCCGCGUUUCUAUUACCACAACUUCAAAGCAAAGUUUAUGCUCCUGAAAAACUUCAAGAAGUUUAUUUAACACGACGACAACAUUAGAAGUCUUGUUUUGUUAUAGUUACAUGUAUGUAAAGGUUGUGCAGUGUCUCUCCUGCUGUAACGUUACGUGAUCAGGACACUUUAGUAACAGCAGUAAGUCGUCUAUGGUUCAUGUGAGCACAAUAGACCUGUGAUGGCAAAUACUGAUUUUCAUCUGCAAUUUCAAGAAUUUGAAGAUGACCAAGGAUUCUUUGAAAGUAAACAAGGUUCCACAACAGUGACCAUUGAUGACCCCAUCAAAUCACGAAAACAACGUAAAGCUACUGGAGCUGCCCCUGAAGAAGAAGAGAUUGAUCCACUGGACAGCAAUGACCAAACUGAGCUUCUGUCAGGUGAAAAAAAGAGUGCACCUUUCUGGACGUUUGAGUUCUACCAAACAUUAUUCGAUGUGGACAGCCAUCAGGUAAAGAACAGAAUAGUUGGUUCAAUUCUGCCUUGGCCUGGGAAAAACUUUGUCGAGGUCUAUUUAAGAAGUAACCCGGACCUGUAUGGACCUUUCUGGAUCUGUGCAACUCUUGUUUUCGCCAUCGCUAUUAGUGGAAACAUCUCCAGUUUUCUGGUGCACCACGGUCAGCCAAAGUUCAAAUAUGUGCCAGACUUCAGUAAAGUAACCAUGGCAGCCACAGCAAUCUACAGCUAUGCAUGGUUAGUGCCUUCAGCUCUAUGGGGUUUUCUCACCUGGCGAAAUAGGAAGAUCACAAGCCUGGUGUCCUACUCCUUCAUGCAAAUAGUUUGUGUCUAUGGUUACUCACUCUCCAUCUACAUUCCCGCUGUGAUACUGUGGAUAAUACCAAGUGAAAGGCUGAGGUGGUUCUCCAUCGUGGUAGCUUUGUGUCUCUCAGGAUCUGUGCUGGUAAUGACUUUCUGGCCAGCCAUCAGGGAUGAUAAACCAAGGAUUACCGUAGCCAUUAUAGCCACCAUCGUGAUUCUUCACGUCUUACUUGCAGUUGGUUGCAAGGCAUGUUUCUUCAGUACAUACGAGAUGGAUCCAUCAGAGGAUCACAAUGAGCCAUUGAAAACGACCAGCGCUUUAUCAUCCACAUAGGCAAACUGAACAACAGCCCUGGCUUCAGUGAUGAUGUGGUACUCUCAUGUGCUCUGACUGCUGAACUGUUUUAAUAAUGAUGAAAUGGUAUAGAAAUGACAGCGCUUUUAAAUGAGCCAAGUCAUUUGAUUGUAGUUGCUAAUGGGAAAACAGGACAUUGCAUUUGGUAAGAUGUUAGCAUUAGACAGGACUUCCUGUGCAUAUGUGCUCCUUGAGAGACUGUUAUUCUUCUGUAAUUGCAGCUUCUCCUCUUGCCUUAUUAGAGAGAAUCAGGUAUCUUGAUAAUUAGAUUGUGGGCUGUCUGGAUUUCUUCAUUUUAUAUUCUGUAAAGGUGAAGUUUUAAUUUUGAUGGGUUUAGGUUAGUAGGUCAGCAGCCAAACCUUGAGAUAAUCAUCUACAACAUGUCUGAAGAUUUCUGAUUUGAGGUUCAGACACGUUACUGUUACAAAGCAGAGGAUGUGUAUAUACUGUAGCUGUUGUUUAAAUAUUUAUGUGAUAAUUGAGAUUCAGAUGGUUUUCAAAAGGGUCACUCUCCUGUUUCUACCACUUUGAGACAUGUACAUGCACUUAAAAUGUUUUAACACUUACAAACACUACAGUGUCAGCAGACAAAAGGCAUGGAAAAAUAAAAUAAUCUAUAAAUGUACUUAAUAACACAAUACUUACAUAAACUGAUUACAUAUUUAAAUUAUAAUGAGGUUGGAAGUCAAAGCUGGUGUUUAUUUAAAUAUUUUACAAACUUUAAGGUCUCUACGAUGGCCAUUGUUUUCUUUAGGGUUUUUUUUUGUAUUAUAUAUUUGUAACAAAUUUCUUUUCUUUGAACAAGAUACUUGUAGACAAACAAACGAAUUCCAAGAUGUCAUGUUGUAAUAAAUAUUUAGUAGUUUUUCCGCAUUUAAAAUCAAAUGUAUAUAAAUACAGAACAAAGUGGCGAGUAUAUGCUAACUGUAUAAAGUUUUGUUUUUCCAUUUG